AUGGCUCUUAAAUUUUCUACCGCCACAGCUAACAGUUUGCCAUUUUCCCAGCCCUCUUUGUAUCGCAGUUUGAUUAGUGGUUUGCAAUACUUAGCUAUCACUCGGCCUGACAUUGCUCUGGCUGUCAACCAGGCUUGCCAACACAUGCAAUGUCCCACUAAUGCCCAUUUUGCUUUGGUAAAGCGAAUGCUCCGUUAUGUUAAAGGCACUUUGGCUCAAGGUUUAUUUUUUACUCCUGGUCCAUUUAUCCUUACUUCCUACACUGAUUCCAAUUGGGCUGGUGACUGUCUUGAUCGCCGUUCUACCUCGGGGUUUUGUGUUUUUAUUGGCCUUAAUCUCAUCUCCUGGUAUGCUAAAAAGCAAUUUACCGUGUCUCAUUCAUCCACUAAAGCUAAGUACCGCUCCAUGGCUUAUACGACUGCUGAAUUAUGCUGGCUUCAACAGUUACUUAGGGAUUUCUCAAUUCCAUGUUCUGUUCCUCCUGUGUUAUGGUGUGACAAUAUUUCGGCUAUGGCUUUGGCCUCGAAUCCUGUUUUUUCACUCUUGGUUGAAGCAUAUCGAAGUUGA